AUAACUGCACAGGACUUUUCCCCAUGGUAGUCGGGUUUCCUUCCACAGGAAAGAGAGGGGAGUUGCAUCAGUAGAUAAGUAUUCUCAGAGCUCUGCAGAAAUCAAUCCCUCCACUGCAGUGUAACGUUCGUGGACAGAGCCUUAUGAGAUAGCCUUGAAUUUUUCCUGUACUUUCUUCAGGUCUGUCUCUUUGUACAGUUAUCUGCAGGUUGCAAAGAGAAGAUCAGAUUUCAGAGUAUCUGUAGCUCAUCAGAAGAUCGUAGUUGAGCCCUAACCCUGAUCGUGUGAAUAGUCUGGACUGAGUAAAGAGACUUUUCCUUCUGUUACAGCAGUUUGAAGAAUAGGACUCUAACAUGUUUUUCAGGGGAAAAUUGCUUUUGGACACACUCAUAUUCUCAUUUUUCUACAGCCAAGUUUCCCUAAGUGAUGUCAAACUGUUGGAUCCUACCUCACCUGUUAUUGACGACCGGUAUGAUGGAUGUCGUAAAGAAGCCUUGGAGAAGUUUACUCCUGAUCUAUUCAAAGAAGAGCKUGRCAAAAAYGAGAAACUGCWGAAAGCCUGGAGAAAAUGGGAAGAUUGGAGAACAARGAKAAACUGUACCUCACAGAUCCCUGGUGUUACUGAAGACCACACUUCUGCCCUCUCUAUCUAUCACUAUGGAGAUGAAGCGUUUUUAAAGGAGCUGAACAAUGCAGUGGAGACAAUGAUGGUGAAUGUUACCACGUAUGAAAAGGACUUCCAUUUCAAGGCUCUUCAUUUCCUGCUGAUGGAUUCCAUGAUGUUGCUGAAGCCAAAGGAGUGCAGAGAGGUAUAUGUCACUCUGGAAGAUGGUGAAAAAGUACCAAAAAUAAACUCCAAAGURAGGUUUGCRAGUUUCACARWAGUCGACUCAGAUUUAAAGUCUAUAGAUUUGUACGACAUAACCAUUCUUAAAAUAAAAACUUGCCUCUACGUCAACCUGGAGGACCAACUUUGUUUGAGAAAUCUUGGUAAAAUACUCCUAUCUCCAGCUGAAGUCUUCACUGUGGAGAGAAUAGACAAAAAGACUGCAGAUGGUGAAGAAUACACAGAGGUCGUUUUGAGCCAUUCUGAUCUGCAAAGCAACCACAACUGUGUCAUGUUUUCAAGGUCAGCAGCUGACAUCUCCACGCAUUUGUUCUUUCCUCUGCUUGUUGCAUUGCCUUUAUAUUACAUGUGUCUUUAAAAAAAAGGCAAACCAGAAAUCCCUUGAAGAGAAAAAUAAAGUUCUGCUAAUUAAAGAAGGUCUGUUUAGUAACCAUAGUCACUUGAUAGAAAUUUAUCUAGCACAACAAUCCUUCUUGGACAUAUUUAUAAUAGUAGACAAACACUGUUCAUUACAGAAUAAAAACAUUUGAAGUAGUGUUUUCAUCAUUUGAUAAUGGAUGGAGGAAUGUCACCACCCUUCUCUUCUUGUGAUCAUUAACCAAAACUAUGUCGUAGCGUGGUCCACAUUUGAUGACAGCUGAAAAAACAUUGGUGAAGAUAAUUGUUGCAAAAUGGAAAAUGUGACCACAAUAUACGUAUUUCAAAUAUGGGAAAAAAUUUAAAAGUGGAAAAUGCCUGUAAGAAAUUGUUGCAUGUUAUUCCCCACCUGUUUCACAUGUGAAAAUGUUCCCAUAUGCAAAUGCUACACAUAUGGCUUUAUUAAUUUUUAACAUAUUUUUACUGUCACAUAUGGAAUUUCUGUCAACAAGCUUCCACAUGUUUCUACGCAAUAUAAUUUCAAUAUAUAAAAUACCUGGUUAUGUUCCAGCAAGUGAAGUGCAUGUUUUUCAAGUUAUACGUUUUGAUAAAAACUCUUUCAACUGUGCUUUUUGUCACAUGUGAAAUGUGUGCCCACAUUUGCAUGUUGAUAGGUUGUGUGUUUGACUCCAGCUUUGCUCACAAUUUAUUGAAGCAUCUUUCAGCAAGACACAUAAAUCCAAGACGCACACCAAUCUGAAGACGGUUGUUUGAAUGUACGACUGUUGCGACUGUGUUCAGAUUACACAUUUUACCUGAAUAGCUAUAGAUUUUAGAUGCCAUGUGCAUCACAUGUAAUUGCAGCGGUUUCACAUGUGUUUCACAUAUGUUUUACAUAUUAUAUCUUCAAAAUUCACCAAAAUUGCAUUUGUCAUGAGCACAACAUGCAUUUUUGCAUGUAUCACAUAGAGUAGAGUGAGGUGAGUUUGUACCAGUUUUUACUUGAAGCCACUUUCAAGCAAAACUGCAUCAUCCAGUAGUUUUGAGCUAACAUCGUGGUAGCUACAUAAACUCAUAUAGUAGCCUACCAAAGCAAGAAAACAAUGUUUUUAAAUGUUUUCAAAUUUGUCCUCAACUGUUCACACACAAAAUUAAGAAACCUUAAUCCUAACCCAUAAUUUUAUUUUAUUUUAUUUUUUUUUACUAAAAUGUGUCUUCAUCUGUUGAAUGAAGAUUAUCUUCUUUUCAGAAUGAACAAAACAGCUGAGUCUUCCAAAAUGAGAGGUCAAAUGACCAAUUACUUAUAUGGUUCCCUAGAAACAAGGGAUGACACAACUUCCCCGCUGUCGUAAAUCAUCCAACUCUCCCCUGUUUCUCAUAGUUAAAUUUAAUGUAAAAUUCCCAUGAGUAAUCACAUUCACAUGGAAACUUUAUAUGUUUUUCUUUAGCAAAGAUAUAUACAUAUAUAUAUAUUACUCUGCCUUUUUUAUGCCGUGUAUGCCUUUAGUGGGAAAUCAGGAAAUAUUUAACUUCACCAAGGCUUCCUAGAUGAAAGAUAAAGAAAAAAAGACUGAUGAGUGACCUUUCUCAUACAGCAGGGGGUUAUUCUUUUGACAAAACAAAAUAGUUAUUUUUGGCUGAGGUUACUAGAAGUACACACUGUGCUUACUCCAGUGGAAUCUGACUGCAAAUGAGAUGUGGAAGUAAAAGAAGGAGCAACUUGUUACAGAAAAGAGGAAUUUACCAUUCCAGGCAUGAACUUACGGUCACUGAACUCUUUUUCUUGGGUUCACUGAAGGAAUGUAUUUUUUUCUCUUGUGUCAAUUUAAAAUUAAACUUUUCACAAGGCUGUUAUUUUGACUUCUGAAGGAAAAUGAAGAUGUAAACAUCAGAACCAGGAGUAUUUUUGGUCACUGUUUACACUGACAGCUAACACAAAGCCUCUGAUGUAAUGGAAAUCUUCUUGUAUUCUUGUUCUGCUUCCUGCUCUGUUCAAGUAGACCACGUUGAAUGUGUGAAAUUGCUCAAAAAUGAUUAAAAGAUUCACUGAGAUAAAA